AUGCGGCGAAAAAAGCGAGAGGCGUUGCGAGCAGAACUGCUUGCUGCUGGAGAUCCCAUUCUUUCCUGGCGCGCCUGCAUGAGGCAGGCGCGCUCGUGGCCAAUACCGUCAGCGAGCAGCUCUGCUCAGCAGGCUGCAAAGUCUCAGUCUAGGCACACUGGGCGGCAGGAAACUGUCAAGCGCCCGAUGCGUCGAAAAAGACGCCGACUUCGAGCGAAACCAACUGUGGGCCUGGAAUCAUUUGCUGCUGCAGUCGGAAGAUGCAAGAUGAAAGAAAUCAAGCUCAAAGUCGCAGAAGCGGAGGCCUGUGCCGACUCGCACUUGCCAUCGCAGCCAACUGCUGCCAGCAUCGAUGUGGGUCCGGCAGAGACCCGAAGCGUCAAGAAGCGGAAGCGCAAGAUUGCU